AGAGAGAGAGAGAGAGAGAGAGAGAGAGAGAGAGAGAGAGAGAGAGAGAGAGAGAGAGAGAGAGAGAGAGAGAGAGAGAGAGAGGACAAGACGGGAAGGGCGAGAGAGAGAGAGAGAGAGAGAGAGAGAGAGAGAGAGAGAGAGAGAGAGACAACGAUGGAGGAGGAGAUGCAGCAGGCAGAGGAGGCACCCUGCGUACCCAACAUUUGCAAGCAGAGAAGCCCCUACAGCGCUCUCAAGACAUUCCCCAGCAAGAGGCCAGUUAGCAAGAGGUAUGACAGACCGACCAUGGUGGAGAUCCCGCAGCUGGGUGCCGGGGGAGGAGGGCAUCACCAUCAUCACCACCACCAGCAUCAACAACAACAGCAGCACCUUCAACAUCAGCAGCCCUCCAUCAUCAGCAGCAGUGAACAGCACCAUCAGCAGCAGCGUUUCCCUUACGAGAACGGGCCCAGUAGCAGAGCGGCAACAUCCACCUCAUCUUCAGCAACAUCCCUCAGCAAUCAGCAAAGGAUCACCCCCCCAGCGGGUCAUCUGACCUCCAGGUACACUGCCAACCUUGGGCAAGAGACCGCCGACUCAAACCUGGGGCUCAGUGCAGAGAAUCGCAUGAUUUUAGAUGCCUUUGCCCAGCAGUGCAGUCGAGUGCUAAGUCUCCUCAAUAACAAUGGAAAGUUCCUGGACCCCAAACCGACCCAGUCAGUAAUGUCCCACAUAAAACAAGAAACAUCUUACGAGGAAAGGUCAGGUGAGUGUCAGCUGGCAAAGGGAGCUCAUGGGGAACCUCAGACUUCAGACAGUCCGGACAUGGAGCUGCAAUACGCACAGAAGAAGCACCAGACCUCCACCUUCCUCCGCGUCUUCACUGAAUCUCUCCAGAGCUACCUGAUCGCUGGGAGCCGGCCCUCUCAGAGUACCUCAGCUUUAAAUGACUACUGUCACCACGGCAACGACCUGGAUCCCUUAUCCACCUCCCCGACCCAUACUCUGGGAGGGUGGACAUCACCAGCCACCUCAGAGUCUCAUGGCCACCCAUCUUCCACGCUCCCAGAGGAAGAGGAAGAGGAAGAGGAAGAGGAGAGGUGUUGUCCCAGGUGUCUGGAGCUGGAACAAGAGGUCCUGUCACUUCAGCAGGAAAAUGAGGACCUUAGAAGAAAACUGGACAGUGUGCCAGCGCCUUGUCAGAAUGUCCUUGACUAUUUCAAAAGAGUGCUUCAGCAGCACAACCAGUUUGUGCAGCCGCAACCUGAGGAGCAGCUUACAGAGUUCAUUCGAGCUGCAAAGUGUGCAUCACCCAGCAUUUCACAGAGAGCCGAACUUGAACUGCAAAAGAGCCGCAUGUGGCUUGUGAGCCGCGGUUUGGCCACCUCUAUUACAGAGGGAAGUAAGCAGUUGCUAGGCAACUAUCCUGUUUACAUCACCAACAAGCAGUGGGAUGAGGCGGUGAACUCUUCCAAGAAAGAUGGCCGCAGGCUGCUGCGCUACCUGAUCCGGUUUGUGUUCACCACAGACGAACUGAAGUAUUCAUGUGGACUUGGAAAGAGGAAGAGAUCUGUACAGAUAGGAGAGUCGGGCCCAGAAAGACGGCCACUUAACCCAGUUAAAGUUACCUGCCUCAGAGAGUUUAUUAGAAUGCACUGUGCCUCCAAUCCAGACUGGUGGAUGCCUUCAGAAGAACAGAUCAACAAGGUGUUCAGCGACGCCGUCGGGCACGCUCGGCAAGGCCGGGCAGUGGGGACCUUCCUCAGCAGCAGCAGCGGCAGCAGCAGCAGCAUGUACUAUGAGAGCUUCGAGAGCCACCUGUCACAGGACGACAUGUUCCUAAAGGAAUCCCAAGACGGGUCUGGGGACUGAAAGGGGAGGAAGAUUCUGCAGCAGUUCAGUAUCACCAUUCAUCUCUCCUUUAACAAACUGAAACUGUCACAAAAUGAUCUGGACAUUUAGUGGCACAAUGCACUGUGCAUUUCAUGGAAGAAUAUGCCUACUGAUUAACUUGCCUACUGGUACUUCAUUAGAAGCUUGUGUCUACCAUAUUUUUUUGUUUGUUUUAUCUGCAACCCUGCCCAUUCUUAGACCCUUUGUGACUGGCCAUUGGUCUUGAAAUGGGAGCUAGGGGUUCCCCAGCUGCUUUCAAAGCACUGCAAGUUUAGUCCCUCAUUUCGCACUGCCUUGUGGCUCCCCUAGCUUGUGUAGGAAACAAAGAAUUGAGUCAUUUCAAACACAAAACCGUAGAAGGGCUGCUAGCAUUCUUGAGGUGAAAAGCAUUUUUUUCUGUCUGCUCUCAAUAAUGUGGGAACAUGUGGAGAGGUAUGUCUAAGUUGGAAACCUCAGAGCAGUGUCUGUAAUCCUUCUCCACCAUUUAGCGCUAAAUGAAAUCCCUGCGAUCUUCCUCUCCUCAAUAUCAUUCAUGGUGCAAUUCAUCAGACUGAGUCUGGAUGUCCAGGUCUGAGACAGCCCUCAGCAAGCAUUGUGUGUGUGGAACCGGGCACUUUUCUGUGGACUUUAAGAUGAAGAAAACCAGGCGCAGGAUUCAAUCAGCUGAACCUUUUCUACCAUCCUUGUUAGGCCUUUUUCUGAAUUCAGUGGCCUACACAUUGGUAAAUUAAUUAUACCUGAAAAUGUCAACAAUCUUAGCCAAUUGCAUAACUGGAAUAUUAACGCCUUCUGAUCAAAUUGCGCAGAUUGCUCGUUCCACAUGUACAGAUGUUCCAUGACGAAUUUAAAUCAUACCAACAAAAAUCAGUGAAAAACAUAACUGAAAGCCCUUUUUUUCUACUUUUUUUAAAUUAUUGAAGACCUAAUCUAACGUCGGUCUUUCCUUUUUCCAAAGAGGCUAGUGUGUUCAUGCCCAAAUACCUCUGAGACUUGCCAAUAAUUCUGUCCUAAAAUGGUGUCUUCUUUUUUUGCCUCAAUGACCGUUUUGAUGGUUUACUUAUUACUGAUCUACUGUAACAGCCAUUAUCAGCUAAUAGGUGUGUGUUGUAAGUCUUAAACAAUAUGCAUUCCACCCAAUAAUAUAGGGGGUCAAAGCCACGGAUGACCAAAUAGUUAGAAGUGCUGUAUGUAACGUAAGUGUUGCCACCAGAAUGCAACAAGUCUCCAUACUCAAUAGGCUUUCAUUUCAUCCUUUUUUAUUUUUUUACAUAACCAUUACUAUUAUUUUCCCAUUUUGAAUGUACUGCCUUAGUGCUCAGUUUUCAUGUAGUAAUAUAUUUGCACUUGACUUUUUACAUGCCAGUAUUGUCUGAUUUGUGUUGGGGAUACACAUGUUGGUGAAGCAUCCCAGGCAGUAUAUUGUGUGCUGCUGCUUUAUAUUAGGAGGGAGGACUAUGACCUGCUUGAACCUGUCACCUCCAGGUGAAUUCUCUCCUCUUGAUUUAGUGGGGAAAGACCAUCCUAAAAGCAGAACAUUAUCAAAGCAGCACUUUAUUGUAAAAGUACAACUGCAGCUUGUUUUCUGUCCUUGAGUUUGAUCCAAAGGACUGAAAACCUUCCAAUACAAACUACUUUCAGUUCAGUAGUGUCCACUGGGGUACAUUAUAUCUAUAUUGUCGACAAGACAAUCUUCAGUUUGAAACUUACAUUUGAAAUUAUGUAUUCAAUUAUUACAUGACACAACUGCCUGUUUUUCACCCAUUGUUUCAUAUAUAAAAAGCACUUGUUUAAAUCUAAAUCUAGAGGAUCUCUUCCACAUGACCUUGGUUGCCUUUGAUGAGGUAUUUAUCCUAUAGAUGUGUCUCAUGAAACACAAGAGUGUAACACAGAGAUUUGUAGGGAAAUUCAAAGUUUUAAAUUGAUCUAAUCAUGAUUCCUUUCAGCAAAACCAAUUUAAAUUAAAAGUACAUUAAUUAAAAGCAGACAGUUUAAAUGUACAGUUAAUUAAAUGAGCCUUAAAAUGUUCUAAUAUAGCACCUUAGAAGUACUAUAAAACUCAUUUCAAAAGCCAGGUGACAUUUUUAUUGAGUGCCAAAUGCAAGAAUAAAGGAAAUCAAUGCAUUCAUCAUCAAAAUAAAAUAGAAAAAUUCAAAAGAUCAUGGGAGAUGCAAAUUAUGGAAAGUGAACUGUUUGGAUACCUGUUUUGUUGUACUGCAGCUCAUUGAAAUGCACAUUAAGCUUUUAUUGGUGCUUUAAAAUUCUAGAAUGUCUUCAUUAUGGGAAAAUUCUGAGGAAUACUUUUCCCUAUUGAUGGUGAUGGGAAACAGCCAACAAAUAAACCAAUAUUUGAUAGCGUAAGAGUUAGUUCACAAUUACAAUAUAUGGAAGUUUAACAAGGCAACCUGCCCAUACCCAAGCCGUUAAAUCUGGUAGGGCUCUUUUUAAUGCAGAGAUGUAAUGCAUACUGUCCAUUCCGUGUGGAAAAUCAGGAGAGAUAUACAUGGUAUAAAAAAAAUAAUAAUUAUAAUAGUUCCCCCAUGAAUAUAUACUUAAGCUCAGCUAGUAUGUAAAAACCACUGAUGCUAAAAAAUAUGCCUCCUAAUUGUAGUACAACAAAAGGCAGAUUCAUUUAUAGCAAAUACUAGAUAUACACUGUAUUAUACAUGUUCAAAUAUAACUUUAUUUAAGUUAGUCUGUAAUACUUUCUAAAUUAAGCCACAUCAGAUUCUACUUGAAAGAAGGGCCUUAGCCACCUACUGCAAAUUGUGUCACUGGUUGCGAAGAAUGUCAAACAUUAGGAGAAAUAAUUGGCUGCAUGAUACCAAAAUCCUCUAUUCCUUCAUUUGUUAAACCAGCUGCAUCCCCCUAAUGAACUGACAUGCUUUGAGACCAUUCUCUCUUACCAUUGGAAUCAAGAUUUGGCAGGCAUUACAUUAACAAGUAGACAAUACACCAGAAAGAAAAUUAUCAACAUUAAAAGCUUCAUUUAAAAUGGUUUGGUACAGAAUAUUAUUGACAAUUAUUGCUUACGCUUUUUACAUAUCCAAAUGUUACCUUAAGUUAACAUUAGCACACAUCUAUAAGAUUCAAAGGGCUUGCUUAUAUUAAACUAGACAUCAAGGUUUCUUCCAGACCGCUCAAAACAAUGUUACUUUUAAUACUUCAUUUAUCACACAUGCAUAAUAUGUUAUAAUAUGCAGCUUUUUAUUUCUCAGAUCAUUCAAAAACACAUCUCAAACUAUUUGAAAUGCCUUUGUAAAAGAAUUGUCUGUCGGUUUAUUGCAAAGGCGACUUGCUUUUGACAUUAUAGUAAUUUGAGAAAAUAAAAGAAAACUAGGCUUCUUAUCAGAAAUGUCUUCAUGUACGUAUUAAUGCUUACCAGGUAGAAUAAACAUAGUGAAUAUGUAAUGAAUUGUCUAACUUAAUUUAUGUAUUUUAUAUUCAAGUGACUGUUCAUGUAAACACUGUGAAGCAAACAGUAAUCUUAUCUAUUUUUUUUAUUGUCAUAGUUAUUUUGUACACAAUCUUUUUUUUGCUGGUGCCUGUUCUAUCAAAGGUUACCAUUACACAAAUUGUAUGUCUUAUUGAACUGAAGGAUUCCUUACAUUGUUUAAAAACUGUUGAUUUUCAAUGAACAUAUUAAAAGUG